AUGUUUUUUUUCAGUUGCUUCGGUACAAUCCACAAAUCCAAAGUAAAUGCAGGACACCCAAAGCUUCCGGUUCCCGAGAAACCAAACAUAUUGGCAGAAUGCACUAAACAUCCCAGUCGAAAUGCAGCGAAAAAUGAUGGAUCUGUCGGCGAUAUACCGUCGGUUGUGAUUCAAGACGAAUACUAUUCAAGCAGUGUACUGUAUUCGACCACAGAGAAUCGUUGCUUCGAAAACUCAAGUCAUGAGGCAACAGUAUAUUGCGAGAAAUGUGAUGCGAUAUUUUGUGAGAGUUGCUUCGGCACAAUCCACAAAUCCAAAGUGAAUGCAGGACACCCAAAGCUUCCGAUUUCCCAGAAAUCAAACAGAUUGCCGAAAUGCACUGAACAUUCCAGUAUCACUGCAGAGUUUUGGUGCAAGGACCCCAACUGCGUAAUUGAAGAGAAAAAGAUUUGCCAUAUUUGUUUGUUGGCAGGUGGACACAAAUUUCAUCAAUACGAACUAUUGACGGAUCAAGUUUCGAAUAAUGUGGAAAAGUUGAAGGAUUUGAUGAGAAGUACACAAGAGACCGUGGACAAGUAUCAGGAUCGUGUGAAAAGUUUUGAUGUGUGUAUCGCGACAUUUGGUUAUGAACACCCUUUAUAUUUGGCUGAGAUUGAAAAAAUAACCAAACAAUUUGAUGCCAAGAAGAUGCAAGUGUUGAAAAAACUUGAAGAGUUCACCGGAAAUUCGCAAUCUCGUCUUCGUGAAAAGAAAAAACAAAUUGAAGCAUACAUUGAUAACUCAGAGGUCCUUUUAUUGAAAAUCGAGAGCAUCUUGAAAUCGAAACAGAAGUUGUAUGACGACACAAAGAUUCUUGAUACCGCAGAAGCACAACUGCGAAUUUCUGCUUUCAAUUCCCAAAACGAUUUCAUGAAGGUUUUCGACGAUCAAAACUAUUCACUGACUGAGGAAAUGGAGAUGAAAAUAAUGGACAAAAACAGAUAA